AUGGUCUCAUCAUCUGCGAUUGUCGCGUCAAAUAAACGCCUUGCCGCCACAUUUCCUGACCAACUGGUGGCAAUCUUCGUAGGAGGCACCAGUGGCGUAGGCGAGUAUACCCUCAAAGCCUUGGCUAGGUACGCUCCUCAGCCCCGAAUUUACAUCGUUGGACGCUCUCGGGAGUCUGCCGAUCGAAUUAUCAGUGAGUGCCAAGAUGCAAACGCAAAUGGCGUGUACGAAUUCGUACAGGCCGACAUUAGCCUCUUGAAGAACAUCGACGACGUAUGCCGCCAGAUCAGGAGCAAAGAGAAAGCAAUCAACCUCCUGUUUCAGACCCAAGGCACUAUGGCAUUCUCAAAGACGACGUCUGAGGGCCUCCCACUCGCCUCGAGCGUGACUUCGCAUGGUCGUACACGCUUCGUCCUCAACCUUCUCCCCCUCUUACGAAACGCAAAGACCCUUCGUCGAGUUGUAAGCGUUGCAGCCGCAACAUAUGAGGGUCCCAUCGACCUGAACAAUCUCGCGGGCGACGGCUAUACUCUACAUCAGUGGCGUGACCAGACUGCGUCACUUCAGACACUACUGAUGGAUGAGGUCGCUCGGCGUGCACCCGACGUCGCCUUCGUUCAUUCUGCUCCAGGUGUCGUCAAGAGCGGCAUCAUGCGGGACUUGGAACCAACACUUGGGCUGUCUAUCAUCAUCGGCAUCAGCAAGCUCCUGGUACCGUUCAUCCAGACCUCGCCUGACGAGUGUGCUGAGCAGCAGUUGUUCAUUGCUACGUCCGCCAGGUUCCCGGCUCGGCAGCAGAGUGCUGGUGUUGCAGGUGUGUCGUUGGGUUCAGGCCUACAGACAGCUAGAGGAAUUGACGGCCAGACAGGCAGUGGCAUGUAUUCGGUCGAUAACAAGGGCGAGAGCGCUUCGUCCCGUGUGGAGAGCCUGCUGCGCCAGUUCAAGAGUGACGGCACUGCAGAAAAAGCAUGGGAGCGCAUCACUGCGGAUUAUGUGAAGAUCACAGGUGCGGAAGUCGGGGUAUAG